AUGCUUCUCGUUCUCGGGGUCCUUCUGCUCCAGGCAAGACUACUAGCUCCAUGCAUGCUUUUGAAAACUACAGGUUCAUUCACAGCAGCACUAAAAUAUACUAUACCAACCUAUAAGAGCUUUGACGAAUGUGCCCAAGCAUGCUACAACGAUUUGGACUGUAUCUAUGUGGCCUACGGCAAUGGUUCUCAGAUACCUACGGAUACGUCAUGCAAUAUUUACAUGAGGGGUGGGGUAGUAUUUCCUGCACAUCCGAAAGUGUACGGAAUCAAUCGAGCAGAAAAGAGCACUUCAAGUGCAGUGUGCAGUAGCGUUGUACGAUGCGCUGCCAACCAAAACUAUACAAAGGUCAACGCUACCGACAAGCUUACAAUCGAAGAACAGCAGUGCCCAUUUAAUGCAUCAAUAGUCACCGUUAACGUCUACAAGGAUCCCACGUAUGGAUUUCAUGCAUACGCUAUGAAUGGCACCGACCCUAUACCGGGGUAUAAAAAAAUUUGCAGGUAA